AAAAAACCCUCACGUCACACAAGCCAUGAAAGCUUUUGUCAUUCUUUUGCCGAGAGUUGUUUGUGAAAAAAUUGAAUGCGUCGCGUCUUUAACUGCUGCACCGUGACUGGAUUGCUGAAUAGCCUAAUACCACAAAAUGGCGAAGUUUAUGCACAGUCGUUUACUGUCCGAGGUGGUCCAAUCCUACCUGCAUGGUAUAAUCCGCUCAACCAUGACUAUAUGAAAUGCGUAGUCGUAAAGAACAAAUCUAUGGUCGAGGCGGUGUAGUAAUCAGUUAACUGAUGAAUUAUGUAAACAGUAAAAAUACAGCAACAGAUUUCUGGAUGAAAUGACGGUCGCAAGGCACGGGUCUCGGACGGUGUCGAUGUCGCCGGCGAGAUGGGCGCAGCGCGCCGGUGGCACCAGCGAAAACAGCUUCUCGCGGUGGAGUUCAAUGCGGUGUAGUAAGGCACUACGCCUACGGAGUCGUAUUUGCAGACUUGUUUUACUGAUGAGUUUGAUUUCGUUCGCCUUUACCAUGCUUGGCUUACUGGGUCAUAUCCAUACGAUUGAGACAGAGCCGGAGAAUGUCAAUGUCCACGAUUUGAGGAUUGCAGAUUGGCCGCAACCGAGUGUGGAUGGCACCACUCAUCAUUACAACACUUCAAGACUCCAAGAUGUGCUUGCGAGGCACGAUCCAACCGAGGGGCAGAAUUUAAGCAGAAACGGAGAAUCCAAGGAGGAACCAGCCAGCAGCCCAGCUCCCACAGGCACACCAGCAGUCACACAGAGGAACUUUUCUGAGAAAUUCCGCCAUCAUUAUGUCAACGACACGAAGGAGUUUUUCAGUCGUCUAGAAGAAAUUGUCAAACAGGAAUGGAAACCGCAUACAAGUAGAACACAGCAAUUCAGGGAUGACAUUCGCCAUGGGCUGGGGGAAAAUGGCAGUAUGGACAAUUUCAUUGUGACGAAAAAGAACACCCCACGCGGAGAAAAGUUGGGCUUUUACAUGUCUGGAAAACCUCGAAAGAUUUCUUCCAUCCUCUGGCAAAACAUCCCAAAUGAUGUGAUAUUUAAAUCAGGGCAGUUUCAGAGCUGCAGCGUGGUAGGAUCAAGCGGCAUCCUGAGAGGAUCUGGGUGUGGCAAAGAGAUCGACAGAUCGCAGAGUGUCUUCAGGUUCAACAUCGCCCCGGUGGAGGGAUUUGAGGCAGACGUUGGAAGCAAGACAAACUUGACCACCUUGAAUCCUUCUUUUGUAAUUUCCAAAUUGAACAACUUGAAGUUAAGGAAGGACGUUGAUCAAUUCGGCGCCAUUCUCAAACAGUUCAAAGGCAGUCAAUUGUGGCUGCCUGCUUUUGCUGUCUUUGACAACACUGCAGUCAUAACCAGAAUGUCACGAACUGCCUUUAAUUCUAAGCUGGUCAGGCCGGUACUUGGGCAUCCUGAACACUUUCUCUCCGUGUCCAAACUCUGGCGGAAGACUGCAAUGAAUGAACGCACAUGGCCCACAACAGGUCUGUACUUGAUCUUAUCCCUCUUCGAUGCCUGUGAUCAAAUCAAUGUCUUCGGUUUCUGGCCGUACGAGACAGCAAUCAACGGAAGUCAAGUCCCUUACCAUUACCACAAUAACAUCACAGGAAGGCACGACGUCCACGAUUUUGACACGGAGUUCAAAAGUUUGGUUAGUCUCUAUGAACAGGGUAUAAUAAAUAUGAAGUUAGGUUCCUGUUUGUGAUAAUUCACAAGCAAAAUAUAUUUUGCCUUUGUUGGUUCUCUCGAAAAUAAUUUAUAUUGCUAUUUAUGACUUUCUUCCGAAAACAUUUAUUGUUGAAAUUGUGGUAUGUAUACACAUAUAAGAAGUAAUUUUCUGCGCUGCUGCGUUAUGACCGACGACGUAACAUUUUUUAAGCCGGAGGGGGAUAUUGCGAUAGCGUAUUCCUUCUGUGUGUGUGCGUUUGUUUAUGGUGUAAAUCGAGGACACAC